GGCCAUCGUCCCAUGGAGAGCGGGUCACCCCACACUGGCUCCUCAAGGGCCGUACCAGACGAGCCAUCAGCCUGGAGGAAAAGGUGCCGGCGCCUGCCCGGGCAAAGGUGGCCGUGAUGGCUGAGGGCAGAGAGCUCAUCCUGGUGCUGGAGAGGAACCAGCUGCUUGCGCCGGGCUACACCGAGACGCACUACGCCGCGGACGGGAAGCCCGUGACGGUGGCCCCCAACCACACGGACCACUGCUACUACCACGGGCACUGAGAGCACCACAGGAGCCAUCGGGGGCUGCUCUCCAUUGCCAGGGGCCUGAUAGUGCUGAGCAGCAACGCCAGCUACUACCUGAAACCCCUGGGGACCCCCGAGCCGGGCCACCACGUCAUCCACCGAGCAGAACACUUGCCCAUCCGAGGUGGGACCUGCGGCCACGGCGACGAUUUCGGGAGCACCAUUGCUGACAUCGCUCAGCUCUUCCAGCCAGUGCACCACCGGGCGAAGAGAGAUGCUUGGAGGACCAUGAAGUACAUGGAGCUCUUCAUUGUUGCUGAUCACACACUGUACAGAAACCAGAACCUCAACCUGGGCCACACCAAGCAGCGCAUCGUGGAGAUCGCAAACUACGUGGACAAGUUUUACAGGUCACUGAAUAUCAAGGUGGCCCUGAUUGGCCUGGAGGUGUGGACGGAGCGGGACCAGUGUGCCGUCACCAGCGAUGCCAAUGCCACGCUCUGGUCCUUCCUGCAGUGGAAGAAGGCGCUGAGGUCACGCAAGAAGCACGACAACGCCCAGCUGCUGACAGGGAAGACGUUCAGGGGGACAACCAUUGGCAUGGCCCCGCUGGAGGGCAUGUGCAGUGCGGAUAACUCCGGAGGUGUCAGCGUGGACCACUCGGAGCAGCCCAUCGGAGCAGCCGCCACUAUGGCCCACGAAAUCGGCCACAAUUUCGGCAUGAGCCACGAUAGCGCGGGCUGCUGCGUGGAGGCCACCCCGGAGCAAGGUGGCUGUGUCAUGGCAGCGGCCACCGGCCACCCCUUCCCUCGCGUGUUCAGCUCCUGCAGCAAGAGGCAGCUGGAGAACUACUUCCAGAAGGGAGGUGGCAUGUGUCUCUUCAAUCUACCCGACACCAAGGACCUGGUGGUGGGACGGAAAUGUGGCAACGGCUUUCUGGAGGAAGGAGAAGACUGUGACUGCGGGGAGGUGGAGGAGUGCACCAACCCGUGCUGCAAUGCACACAACUGCACAUUGAAGGUGGGGGCCCAGUGUGCCCACGGCGACUGCUGCCAGAACUGCAAGCUGAAGGUGGCUGGGACAAUCUGCAGGGAAGCAGCGGGAUCCUGCGACCUCCCCGAAUACUGCACGGGUGCCUCACCCUACUGCCCAGCCAAUGUAUACCUGCUGGAUGGCUCAUCCUGCGCCUAUGGCGAGGCUUACUGCAACAACGGCAUGUGCAUGACCCACCACCAGCAAUGCGUCCAGCUCUGGGGACCAGGUGCCUGGCCGGCCCCGGACGCCUGUUUCCAGGACGUGAACAUGGCCGGCAACACCUACGGCAACUGCGGCAAAGACAGCCAAGGGCGUUACGUCAAAUGUGACAAGAGGGAUGCUAUGUGUGGCAAGAUCCAGUGCCAGAGCUCAGCUAAGAAGCCCCAGGGGACCAACACUGUCUCCAUCGACACCACCAUCCGCUUCAAUGGGCGGGAGGUGAAGUGCCGAGGCACCUACAUGUACACCGCAAAGGACGAUGAGGAAGACCUCUCCGACCCAGGGCUGGUGAUGACAGGGACGAAAUGCGGAGAUGGGAUGGUUUGCAAAGAUCGCCGGUGCCAGAAUGCCUCCCUUUUUGAGCUGGAGAAGUGCGUUUCCCGGUGCAACGGCCAUGGG